CCACUGAUUCCAUUUGUCUUGUGCUUAGUGCAUAUCUAUAUAUAUAAAAAAGUAUAUAUUGCCGUGCGGCCAACUCAACAGUCGUAGAGAAUACUUGGAGUACAUAGUGAUAAGGGAGAGAGGUUGAAAUUGAAACGUGAACCAGGUUUCAUUUUUUUCGCAUUAAUUAUUAACCCUUGAGAAUUGAGAUCUCUCGCCCAUCAGAUCCCAUUUGUUCACUCAUCCAAUUCUUUUUCUCAGAAUCAAUUUUUAUUCUUUACCAUGGAAGCUGCAAAUGUUGUGGAUGUCAAAGGUGGAAGUGUCCCACUUACUUCAGUAUUUACUGCUGACCAAGAAGUUGUUGAAGCUAAAGACGGAAUCAUCUCGGUUGCUUCUACAUGUUCUGGUCAUCAAGAAGUUGUCGAAGCCAAAGAUGGAACUAUCUCGGUUGCUUCCGCAUUUGCUGGUCAUCAAGAAGCUGUUCAGGAUAGAGAUCACAAAUUCCUGACGAAAGCAGUUGAAGAAGCUUACAAAGGUGUAGAUUGUGGAGAUGGAGGUCCUUUUGGUGCUGUUGUAGUAUGCAAUAAUGAAGUGGUCGUAAGCUGUCACAAUCUCGUUCUCAAGCAGACAGACCCUACUGCUCAUGCAGAGGUUACUGCAAUAAGAGAGGCUUGCAAGAAGCUGAAUAGGAUUGAGCUCUCGGAUUGUGAGAUUUAUGCGUCGUGUGAGCCUUGUCCUAUGUGCUUUGGUGCUAUCCAUCUUUCCAGAAUCAAGAGAUUGGUGUACGGCGCCAAAGCGGAAGCUGCUAUUGCAAUUGGUUUUGAUGACUUCAUAGCAGACGCAUUGAGAGGAACCGGAUUUUACCAGAAGGCUAAUCUGGAAAUCAAACAAGCUGAUGGUAAUGGGGCCCUUCUUGCUGAGCAAGUUUUCGAGAAAACAAGGGCUAAAUUUCAACUCUAUUGAUCAUUAUUCUUCACUUGUCACGGAAUCUGUGCUCCCCGUUUCCUUUGUUCAUUAUCAUUUCAAAUUAACUUGACUACUAAUUUAAUUGCAAACAUUUAACUUUCCAGAUAUUGGUACUUUUGAAAUUCUUUUAAGUUUUCACCACUACAUAUUCGUACUUUUCAAAAUUACUCGUUUGGCUUUGGACACUG